AUUAUUAUUAUUAUUAUUAUUAUUAUCAUCAUCAUCAUUUGUAGUGGUAGUAGUAGCAGUGGGAAUUCUGACACAUCACGCCGUCUCGCGAUAAUUACCGGGUACUACCGGAAGUUGAAGCGCCGCUUCGUCAGUUUCCAGAGAAACAGCAACACACGAGCCUAAUUAUACAAAUUCAAGGUUGUUUUGGUCUACAACAAGCAUGGCACAUGAGAGAAAGUAUCGUACAAACGUAAAAAUCGGAAACUGGAUUGAGGACCUUCGUUUACAGGAGGAGGAAAUGAAAGAAUAUUUGGAAAAAAGGGAGAGAGGUGAACUUACAGCUCAGAAAGUGGACCUCCUCAAAGAGAAUCUUUUGAGACCGAUGAAGCUGUCUGUGACAAAGGAUGGUGGACUACACUUUGGGGAUGCUGUGGUGUUGGUGAACAUGGGAGGGCAGAACAGAGAGUGUAGUGCUGUCAGCAUUAACACAGACAUUAGUGGUCUGAUAAAAGUCCCUUCACCUGGCAUUAAAGCCCCUUGUAGGGUCAGUGCAGGAAGUGGUAUUCAACCCUGCACACGCACUGCCUUCAUCAUAACCAGCGUAGAUGGCAGCCCUGAAGGAUCAAUUCUGCAUUAUGAGCAAAGUUUCACCCUGAAAACAACAAGUGGUUUUGCCAGAGGACUUUACUUAUCAAGUGACUUGCACAGCUUUCAGAGGACAUCUCGCUUCCAGGAGGUAAUGUUGGAAGAAGAAGAUUCCUUUUUGUCAUGGUGGAAAAUAGUGCACUUUGACCCCCAAGAGAGGCUUGAACAUGAGGGUCAACCUGUUGCCGCAAAUGUGAAGGUGCUGGUUGUGCACUGCAAGACAAACCAAGCUCUUGCUGUUCUUGGUGAUCAAGUCAUUUGGACCACAUUUGGCAAAGAGUAUGAGGUGACAGCUCGCACCUUUUUGGACUCCCACAAAGCUGAACAGGACAGCAACCACUGGAUACUGUGCACCUCUGACCCUGCUGGGGAGGGGCUCCUAUUUUUCAACCACCCACCAUCAGGGCCAGCACACACCAGCUAACCAAAUAAACUCAACAUGUACAUCUA